AUGGCUCCCAUAACAGCGCCUUACAGCGAACCUCUUCUCCCGCAGCUUGACAUCAAAAACCCAUACUACACUGAAAUCCACCACAACCUACGACGAUAUGUUCGCGACUAUGUAGAUACCAACAUCAUUCCGUAUGCGCAAGAGUGGGAAGAAGCCGGCCAAGUGCCAGAGUCGGUGCGCCUGCGCCAUCACCAACUGGGCUUCGGCAUUGUCCACCCGCUCACCAGCACCGAGGACUCUGCGAACCUGUCUCUCCCUGGCAAUGUCCCGCGCGACAAAUGGGAUACCUGGUGCUCACUAAUCCUCACUGAUGAGUUGAUCAGGUGUGGCUACGUCGGCGUCGUCUGGGGGCUGGGAGGUGGGAACGGUAUUGGGGCUCCUCCGAUUGCUCGCUUUGGCACGCUGGAGCAGAGACGACGAUGGCUACCGGGGGUGGCUAGGGGUGAAAUUCGAUUUUGUCUAGGGAUCACAGAACCUGACGCUGGCUCCGAUGUUGCUAACAUUAGUACCACUGCACAAAGAGAGGGCAGUCAUUAUAUUGUCAACGGCGCGAAGAAAUGGAUCACCAACGGAAUCUGGGCCGACUUUUGCACUGCAGCUGUGCGGACAGGCGGACCAGGACGUCACGGAAUCAGCCUUCUCGUGAUCCCUCUUAAAGAAAAGGGCGUGACUCGUAAGCGAAUGCAUAACUCUGGAGUGAAUGCUAGCGGCUCGACAUUUCUGGAAUUCGAUGAUGUACGAGUCCCAGCUGAGAACUUGAUCGGGAAAGAAAACCAAGGCUUUCAAUAUAUCAUGUCAAACUUCAAUCCCGAACGUCUUACUCUAGCAUGCUCAGCUCUUCGCCUCGCUCGGUGCUGCGCUGAAGACUCCUUCAACUACGCCGUCCAGCGCGAGACAUUCGGCGCGCCGCUCAUAACCCGGCAAGUAAUCCAAUCCAAAAUCUUCAAAUUCGGAAUGUGGAUAGAACCAGCCCAGUCAUUCCUUGAACAAUUGACAUACAUCAUCGAGUCCACAAAGGACCGCCCGAAUUCAGUAAAUAUCGGCGGUAUGACGGCCCAGCUCAAAGUCAUGUCUACCAGGGCUCUGGAGAAGAGUGUCCGAGAAGCACAGCAGAUUAUGGGAGGGGCGGGAUACAAUAGGGCUGGAAAGGGGGCUCGUGUAGAGCAGAUUAGUCGCGAUGCGCGCGUUCAUGUUGUGGGCGGUGGUAGUGAGGAGGUCAUGAUGAGUCUGGCGGUGCGAGAAGAGACAAAAGCGCUCAGGGCUCGGCAGAAGGCAUCGAAAAUUUAA